CAUCAUUGUGAGAUACAGUACCUCUCACAAGGCAGUUAGGUCGUUCAUGUUAUUUUCGCCACCGAUAUUAACACACUUCCUCAUUUUUUCCCAAAUCCUUUGUUUAGAUCUAUCCAAUUCACUCUUCAUGCUUAAUUCUUCUUCUUCCUCUGUCUGUGUUUUCUUCGAACCAUGAUUUUUUCAAGGAUUGGGCGCUCACUCUCGCGCUCUUCACGCGCCAAAGAAUAUUUGGGCGGUGAUGCGAAAUUGGGAACCCUUCUCGGAGCUUGGCGAACGAACGUGCAUUCACAAGGAACAGAAUUGGGAUUAGGGGUUUUCAGGGGAUAUGUUGCUCAUGCUAGAGCUCGUGGAAACGGAAUCCUUUCCAGUUUGCCUGAUUUUAAGUGUGUUCCGGCGAACCCUAAGAUUCAUUACCGGUUGUUUUGCAGCGAAGGACCUAAGAAGAAUAAAGAGCCAGAGACAAAUACAGAUGAUCAUGGAAAUGUUUACUUUUGUCCCUUUAAGCUACUUUUUAUCUCUACUUUGAUGAUGGUGCUAAUCACGGUUGCAUUAUGUUAUCGUCGUGAAGGGAAACAGAUUAACUUUCAGGAGUUUAAAUAUGAGCUUUUGGAGCCACGUUUAGUAGACCAUAUUGUUGUGUCAAUAAAUAAGUCAGUUGCCAAAAUAUACGUGAGGAAUACUCCACGUAACCAAACAGACAGUGAAGUUGUCAAAGGAACCCUCCCCGCGAAGGGAACUGGUGGGCAAUAUAAAUUUUAUUUCAAUAUUGGAAGUGUGAAAUCUUUUGAGGAGAAUUUAAAAGCAGCACAAGAAGAACUAGGCCUUGAACCCGAUGAUUAUGUUCCUGUUACAUAUUCUUUUGAAGUGGAUUGGUGGGAACAGGAGUUGAUGAGGACUUUGGGCUUGGAUUGUGUAGCAGAUUGGGCCUGACCUUGGCUACCAACAGCAUCUUGGACCCCACUUUUAGCCCAACAUCUUCUUUGGUUCGGAUACAUGUACAAAAAAUCGCAAAUCCGAACCAAACAAAACCAAUUACAUUUUGGUCGGUUCGGUUCUAAUUUGAUCAUAAAUUCGAACCAAACUGAGUCGUGCUCACCCCUACAAGGUUGCCCUUUGUUAAAUGAAAAUAGACUAAAUAGUACAAGAAUUAUCCAAAAUUAAUAUGAGGUUUAUUAAUUUAGAUAUGCCAACCAUAUGUGUAUUAUACGCUGAUAUGAAUUAUGGGGGUGCUAUACAUGAAUGUGGGACAGU